ACUUGUGACCCUCAGAGAGUAACAGCAGCAACAGUCUUGUUUUUACCGGUUACGCUAACGGUUCAGCGUGCGUCGGAGUCGCAGUCGCGGUCGCAGUUAUCACAAACGAUAGCAGCCAAUGUUGUAGUAGUAUCAGCGUCUAUUCCUUCUCCAGCAGCAGCAGCAUCACAAAAAUCAAAAAUCGAAAUGCACUCGUGCAGCUGCAAGCUCUAACAAGAAGAUCGGAAAUUUUCACAGUGUAUGAUUUAUUCUUCUUCCAGCGAUAUUUAAGGUGCUACUCUAUACCGAUUUCUCAAACCAACAACAAAAAUUUAUAAAUAAAUAUAAUACAAUUAAAAAAAAUCAAAAUACAGAAGGCCAAAAUAUAAUAUAAAUAAUAAGUGCAAGCAUGUUAUUAAGCUGCAUCUAUAUUUGUAUCUGUGUAUAAGUGAGUGUGUUACAAUGGUGUCCAGUGAAAUCGAAUUAGAUGCUCAAGUCCAAGCCAAGUCAAUUGGCGUGCCACAAAAUCUCUAAUCAAAUAUAUAAAGUAUUUAAUCAAAAUAAUUUAAUUAUAUAUACUAAUAUUGAGUGUGUAUCAAAAACAUAACAUUUUCGAUCGUUUGAAAAAUAUACCAAAAAUAUAUUCAACUAUAAUUACUCAUACAAAAGGAAUAGGACAGCCUCAUCACGGAGUCUUUUCAAUUUUUUCCUACUGAGGACAUCGAUCUCGAGAUGGAUAUACUACCAAGCGGAAAUAUAUUCAAUGAAUUGGAGCGGAUUUGCACAACAGGCUAUUUUUCAUCGCAGCCAUCGAUUGAGGAUCAAUGGCAACAGACUUGCUACGAACUGGAGCGAUAUCUGCGCGACGAGCCGAAGCUGCAGGGCUACAAGAAAAUGCACACGGAUCUGGAUACGGCGUGGGAUAUAUUCUCAACGCCUGCACUACUCUUGGAGGAGUUGAAGAUCAAGGAGAGCCUGGACACGAUCUCGACGACCUCUUCGGUGUCGUCCAACUGCUCGGGCAUCUCGUGGGACAGCAGUGGCUCCCAGGCGCUCAGCUGUGCCGUGCUGGUCAAGCAGGAGCGCAUCGACGAGGAUGAGGCGGAUGAGGAGGCGGAGGCGGCUCAUGGGUUGGGAUUGGGUUGUGAUGAGAAGUUGGGGGUCUUAUUUGCUGCACCCCCGUCGGCCAUAUCGCCCAAUCCGAGUAUCAGCAGUGCCAACGGUGGCAACAUGACGCCAACCAGUAGUAGCAACAUUAGUAUCAGUAAUAAUAAUACCAUCACCUUGAGUUCAAGCAGCAGCACAGCGCCGGCAAUUAAAGUGCGUGUGUUGCAGGCCAAGACGCAGCGGCAUUAUCACUUGGGUCAGGGUCAACGUCAAGGUCAAGGUCAUGCGCAUGAUGCACAGUUUGUGCUGCCCCCCUUGACGCCGCCCUCCUCCCCCGAGUCCAGCCUGCAUAGCCACAACUAUGCUCAGCUCCCUCAACAACAGCAACAUCGAGCCCAACAAAUCGAUGCCAUCGAGCUAGCGGCGCUUAUAAAGCAUCAGCAACAUCAGCAACGCCAACAGCAACGGCAACCGGCUGCAACCGCUUCAAACUCCACACCCGCGACCGCCAUCUUGCACUUUGCCAGCCAAAUGCCAAGCGCAAAGAAUGCCACACACACACAGUCACACACUCACACACACGCACACACACUGACACAGCUGCAACAGCAGCAGCAACAGUUGGCAGUGCAACACUUAAGCAUAUCACCGCAAGCUCUCAGUAAAGUCAGCAAUAUCAAUUCCAGCAACCCCAAUAACAUCAACAACAACAACAACAGCAAUAGCAGCAGCAGCAAUAACAACAACAGCUCUUCUGCCUGCCUCAGUAGUAACAGCAACAGCAGCAACAACACUGAUAGCAACAUUCCGCGAAGCACAAUCGUUCGGCUGACAACCGCUAAUGGAACACCUGGAGCUGCUGGCAUCAGUCUGGCACGUGUUAUUCAAAUGCAAAACAAUGGCAAUGCGAAUGUUGCUGCCGUGCUCAGUGCUGCGGCCAACAGCAAGGACAACAGCAACAGCAUCAAUUCCAAUCAACAACAGCAACAACAAUCGACAGCUCAAGUGCAACAACAGACGCCUCAAAUUAUUGCCGUUGUUACGUCGCGUGCAGAAAAAUCAACAACUGCUUCUUCUAAAAGUCACCACCCGCGCCAACAUCACAGCGACCACAGUCCGGACGCAAAACGUCGGAUACACAAAUGCCAAUUUCUAGGAUGCAAGAAGGUCUAUACAAAGAGUUCGCAUUUGAAAGCGCACCAAAGAACCCAUACUGGUGAGAAGCCGUACAAGUGUUCUUGGGAGGGCUGCGAAUGGCGUUUUGCCAGGAGUGACGAACUGACACGUCACUACCGAAAGCACACUGGAGCCAAACCGUUUAAAUGCCGCAAUUGCGAUCGCUGCUUUUCGCGCUCCGAUCAUUUGGCCCUGCACAUGAAGCGCCAUAUGUGAGAUGAAAUCUAAAUCUAAAAUUUAGAUUCUUAAUCGAAGAGUUGAAUAUCAACUGUGUGCCAUCAAAUGCAACAAAACAGAGGGCGAUUAAAUUAACUGGUAUAACUCUUACUAGAGAAUUAACCUACAUCACACCACAGCAUAAGCAAAAACAAAAAUAAAAAAUAAAUAAUAAAAGAAUCCCAUAAGGUUUUCAUAGAAAUAUGUGUAGCUGCCCUUGAUUACAUUUUUUUUUUAAAUAUUGUUAAAGUUUUGUUGGAAGAUUUUAAUUGUUUGCUUUUCGUUUAAUAAUUAAGUAAGUCACACUUUUAUUUCCAUAUGCAUUUAAACAAUUGACAACAAAUAUAUUGUACAAUUUAACCAAAGCUAAGCAAUUUUAUAUAGGUCAGCAACAAGAAAUAUAACUGAACAAAAAAUGCAAUCGACAUCCAACUUUUUUGAAGCACAAAAA